AUGGAAUAUUCCAGAAAUUUCAAAUUUCGUUGCGUUUUCCUUCCAAAGAAGGCAGCCUUUGAAGGUAAGCAGAAUUUUCUUGCCGUAAAAAUAAAAUCUUUACAGCUGAAUGACAACGAAAGUGAAAUUUUGCUGCUCAAAGUGUUAUUUUUUAUUGCUGAAUUUCAUAUUCAUUUAAUUUUUAAGCGAAUGGUCCAAUCUUGA